AUCUUUCCCCCUCAAGCCGGUCUCAUUAGAUCCCGGAGAGCCUUGGUGCUCUCCGGUUCCUUGGGUUGUGGCAGUGAGUCCCACCAGACCCGCCCUUUGCACACCACUUCCGAAGGCCGGGGUCUCCUGCCCGCCAGGCCGGGACACUAUACCCUAUUCAUUUUUUUAUUGCAGUGCCUGAGUCUUCUUUUAAAACAAGAUGCCGUCGGGUUUCCAGCAGAUCGGCUCUGAAGAUGGGGAACCCCCUCAGCAACGAGUGACUGGGACACUGGUCCUUGCUGUAUUCUCAGCUGUGCUUGGCUCCCUUCAGUUUGGCUAUAACAUUGGAGUCAUCAACGCCCCACAGAAAGUGAUUGAACAGAGCUACAAUGCAACUUGGCUGGGUAGGCAGGGUCCUGGGGGACCGGACUCCAUCCCACAAGGCACCCUCACUACCCUUUGGGCUCUCUCCGUGGCCAUCUUCUCUGUGGGUGGCAUGAUUUCCUCCUUUCUCAUUGGCAUCAUUUCUCAAUGGUUGGGAAGGAAAAGGGCUAUGCUGGCCAACAAUGUCUUGGCCGUGCUGGGGGGCACCCUCAUGGGCCUAGCCAAUGCCGCAGCCUCCUAUGAGAUACUCAUUCUCGGACGGUUCCUCAUUGGCGCCUACUCAGGGCUAACAUCAGGGUUGGUGCCUAUGUAUGUGGGAGAAAUCGCCCCCACUCAUCUUCGGGGUGCCUUGGGAACACUCAACCAAUUGGCCAUCGUCAUUGGCAUUCUGGUUGCCCAGGUGUUGGGUUUGGAGUCUAUGCUGGGCACAGCUACCCUGUGGCCAUUGCUUCUGGCUAUCACAGUACUUCCUGCUCUCCUGCAGCUGCUUCUGUUGCCCUUCUGUCCUGAGAGCCCCCGAUACCUCUACAUCAUCCGGAACCUGGAGGGGCCUGCCCGAAAGAGUCUAAAGCGCCUGACAGGCUGGGCUGAUGUGUCUGAUGCACUGGCUGAGCUGAAGGAUGAGAAACGGAAGUUGGAAAGAGAGCGUCCCCUGUCCUUGCUGCAGCUCCUGGGCAGCCGCACCCACCGGCAGCCUCUGAUUAUUGCAGUGGUGCUGCAGCUGAGCCAGCAGCUCUCAGGCAUCAAUGCUGUUUUCUACUAUUCAACCAGCAUCUUCGAGUUAGCUGGGGUGGGACAGCCAGCCUACGCCACCAUAGGAGCUGGUGUGGUCAAUACCGUCUUCACGUUGGUCUCGGUGCUCUUAGUAGAGCGAGCUGGCCGACGGACACUCCAUCUCCUGGGCCUGGCAGGCAUGUGUGGCUGUGCCAUCUUGAUGACCGUGGCUCUGCUGCUGCUGGAGCGGGUUCCAUCCAUGAGUUAUGUGUCCAUCCUGGCCAUAUUUGGCUUUGUGGCCUUCUUUGAGAUUGGUCCUGGCCCCAUCCCCUGGUUCAUUGUGGCCGAGCUCUUCAGCCAGGGCCCCCGCCCAGCAGCCAUGGCUGUAGCUGGUUUCUCCAACUGGACCUGUAACUUCAUCGUUGGCAUGGGUUUCCAGUAUGUUGCGGAUGCUAUGGGUCCCUACGUCUUCCUUCUAUUUGCCGUCCUCCUGCUUGGCUUCUUCAUCUUCACCUUCCUAAGAGUGCCUGAAACCAGAGGCCGGACAUUUGACCAGAUCUCGGCCACCUUCCGACGGACACCUUCCCUCUUAGAGCAGGAGGUGAAACCCAGUACAGAACUUGAAUACUUAGGGCCAGAUGAGAAUGACUGAGGGGCAAAAUGGUGGGAGAGCCGCCCUCCCCACCAGCCUCCUCCUUUCCUCGCAGCACUUUAGCCCUCUCUUCCCUUCCCUCCAGGAUGAAGGAAACAGCAGCCUGGGGAACUGGGAAGCUGAAGGGAGGGGCGGGUCACAUACCCCUCAUUCCCUCUGUGUGAUUCUUUUGGAUUAUUUAUGUGUUGUGGCUAGGCUGUGGCCACCUAGAUGGGCUUUUCUCCCGUCCUGCCUUCCUCUUACCCCUAUCCAGAGACUCAGCUCUAGAAUACUUCUGUUCCCUUUAAGAGAAGGGGUCUGCUGGAGGGUGGAGCUGCCCUGAGUUCAGGGGGAUGAGCAGCAGGGGGGGCUGUGAGUGCUUUCCUACUAUGACUCCUCCCACAAACUGGCGCUUUCACUGAACUCUUGCCACAUAGACUCUGGGUGAAGGGGGUUGUCUUGACCCCUCCAGGGCAAAGGAUACACCCUCCCAAAAUCUAGCCUUGCCUCGCUGCUGUAGGCUCCACCCUCCAGGGCAAAGGAACACAACAGUACAUCCCUGGCAGGGCAAGGAUGGUAGAGCACAUCAGUCUCCAUUUGGGACCCUGGCCUGUUCCCCAGGGCUGCCAAGUGUGGGUACCAACACUUUCUUGUUCCCCUCCAGGAAGGGUGCUAAACCCGAAAGCUUCUGACCAACUAAGGCAGGAGGGGAUUUGAAAGGCUGCCUAUAAACACUGGUUGGGAGGGAGUCUUUGGUAUUUUUGUAUGUACGAUAGGGAGCAGAAACCUGGGGGCUGGUGUAUUAAAUAUGUAUAUAGAGAUUCAUCCAUAAAGUCACUGUAUGGAGACAAGUGUCCUGAUGUGGAGGAACUGGAGUGUGUGCUAAGACAGAAAAUGCCUCACCUCUUCCAGAGA